ACGGGAUCGGAGGUUGGCUUUUCACAACAAGAGCAACGACCUUGGACGUACUGAUCAGAACUCUACUGAAGAUACUGUAUCUACUGCAGACCUAUGGUCGGACUCCUCGGACGAUGAACGAGAGGACCCAGAGCCAGACCCACCAACCACGGCGACUCAUGCUGUAAGAAAGGACAGCAAGAAGCCUACGAAGUCAAAGACUAGUUACUACACUCCUUGCGCUAUCUGUGGUUCCACGGUUUGCUAUUGGUCUGACGCAGUUCAUUGUCCGAACGCGAAGGAAUGCAGCACGGUCUUCCACCGACACUGCUUUGUACAUCGCGCUCGACAUCGAUGUCCUUGUUGCGAGAUGAGGAACGCUGUGAGAAGAAGAUAAUGGUGAAAUGCCAGAAGUUGAAGGUCAAUAAAGCUUCUUCUUCAGUCCUCAAGACUUACUCACGAUGAAAUUCGCUCUUCUGUAAUAGUAUUAAUACCCAUGAUAAUGAUUCUCAAUCGCAUUCGGAUUCUUCUUACUUAUAGACUUAACUUCUUUCGCAUGUGUGUGAAGAUCAUCUGCUUCUUUCUUUCUUCCUUGAUUCUUGAUUCUGAUUGCUUUGAAAAAAUUCGAUGUCAACAAGGACGAACUGAACGAGUUUUAUAUCUUCCACUUCAAUAUAAAUGCGUAAAUAACGCAUGAGCACCACGAGAAGGACGAGGAAAUUGCAAGUGAAAUACUCACGAGUGUGUUCGACGAGUCUCAAUGAACUUUUGCGUGUUGACAGACGAGCAGGUGGAUCGAUCAUAGAGUGAGUUUGAUUGCAAUUCCUCAAGUGUAGGCACAUCACACAACUAUAACAUGAUGCUCCAACCGAACUACCUACCCACCACGUCCCCCUCUACCUCACUGCGGACUUUGUUCUCUUCAUCAGCGAAGAACUUUGCGUCGUUUCCGCUGGCUGUGAGCAAAGACAUGUUGCUCAGAAGAUCUGAAGUUCGCUUUUCUUUUAGGAGGUCGUCCACGCCUCAGCCACGACCUUUACUACACGUAGCUAAUUUUUGUCCUACUUCAUCAUUUUCUACAACUCGUCGGCUUUCAUCGACGUCAACAUUGGGAUCAAGUCAUGAUCAAUACCCAAACCUAGUUCUCCUGAAUAAAAAGUCUACAACGAGGACUUCGACUUCUUCAUCCAGCACAAUUAACAAGAACGCAGCAAGAUUGACAUUACCAUCAAUUUCAAUAAUUUCUACGUCAAAUAUCAAUUCAUCAAAAAGACAAAUAAUGACCACCUCCUACUCCGCAUCGUCAUCCUCGUCGUCCGCUUCACCAGCGGUGAUUGUCAUGCGACAUGGUGAGAGGUUGGACUACAAAUUGCCUCUCUGGGUUCGCUCUUCUCGCGACCCCUGGAACCCACCCUUGACCGAAGAUGGAUUCCGUAUGGCUUUAGCAGCUGGAAAAAACAUCCACCAAUUGAUGGAGAAACUGAACUUGAAGCAGCCGACGAGGUUCUUAUGCUGACAAUAGAACUGCUAUCCCAAAUUCAAGUUGUAGAUCGCACUGCCCCCAACCCCAUACAGAUAAUAUUACCCGUGCAUGCUCCCCGCCUUAGCUUUGAUGUCUUGCCAUUCUGGUGCACGACAUACACUCCUCCAUAUACUCGUCAUCACAUAGUACCCUCUUUCAUAUCCGAUCUCGUCUCCUCUUCUGCGGUGUCUGCAGACUACGACGGGAGUCCGCGAGGGAAUUGCGCGGGAGGUGUCUGCCGGUGGUACCUCAUCAGCCAGUGCAGGAGGACUUGUCGUCGAUGGUUCAGAUGCAGAAAUAAGUAGGAGCAAGAAGAAGAUCCUCUUCUCUCUCGCUCUGGUGGAACACGUUUGUCCAGCUUGGUACCAAGCGUGGGCUACAGAGGAUGCAACUGGUUGUUGGGGAGGCAACGGAAAACCAUUUGACACGUCAAAAGUGUGUUCUGCAGCCUUCGUUCCCAUGAGCGACCUCCUCAUUCAUGGCGUGACGUCAACAAAGCAAACAGUAGGCGCGCUGGACAGCAUAUCAGAGUUGCAAGAAGUAGGUGGGGAACAACAUAGUUCCAGCAAAGAGAACGAUUACGAUAGCUCCACAGAAAUUCCCGAAGAACUGCGACCCUCUGCAGAUAGCGAAGCGAUCUUUGCAAAGCAUCUUGCUGCUUCAGCAACAUCAGCUGAAAACUCACCUGCUGACGGCGAUGCCCCAGGAGACACUGGUUUCGGACAGAAAAAGGUAAUGAGCCUCCCUCCUCUUCUGACGCCAGAAUUGCAGCGAUCGGCCCAACAGCGAGAUGGUUCGAAGCUGGUGCGCUGUCUCAAUAGCCUUGAUGGAGCGCUACCAGAUCAGAUUCGGGCACAUUAUGGCAAUAUGAUCGAAAUUUCUUUCCCAAUUCAGCGCAUGGACAUUUCAAUUUCGACAUUCUACGAGCACGUCUUCGCUGAUGUUGAAAAUUAUAGAAAUACGACUGAAGAUGAAGAAAUCAAAAUAGUGUGACACUGAAAGACACUGUGUCUUGUUUCUCUUCCGUCCUCUAAUCCCCCGUCGCCAGUUUGCAUUGCGAGAAUGGCGAAGAUGACGACUUCGUAGCCACCCGAAUGGCAGCAGUAGUUCUAGCCUGCGAACGCGAAUUUCCUGGAGAGACUGUGGUCCUGUGCUCUCACGGUGGCCCCACCGGCACAUGCGUGAAUUUCCUCACUGGUCACGGAUUUUCGAAUCAACACUACACGAGUAUCAAUGUCUUGCAGAAAAUUGGAGGAGGUAGUGGAGGUACUCGUAACGGGGACUCAACACGUCAUGCUGGCAAUGGUUGUAACGCAGCAACUCAUGACACAGAAGAGUUGAUAGAAUCUGCGGACAAGGAUUGGACCCCACCAUCAAUUUCGGAGGUCGUGCAGAUGCAGGGGACGUACAAGGCCUUAGUAGUCGCAAAUUGUGACCACCUGGAAGAUGCGAAAAAUCAAGUCGAUUGCAUGUCGUCUGCGGUUGCUGCGUAAGGGUAAAUGUUAUCGUUGUUUUAAAAAGUCUUGUUGAUGUUCAUCUUUGUUCUCGUUGAGUCUGAGUUUUGAACCCGCAACUCUCUCAUACUCGCUCCCUUGUUGUAUUCGUAAUCGUAUUGUAAAAACUGAUGGAUAAUGAAAAAGGAAAUGUAGAUCGAGGGAGACGAUGAUCGAUUCUUGAUUGUAACUAUUCCCCGCCCCUCUUUUCGCGAAUUCUUUUUGAAAAUCAAACAAAAGAAGGUUGUAAUCAUGCUUUCAAAUGAUUUUAUCUUGUCCUCCACUACUUUUUUGUUGUUUGUAUUAAGUGAUUGUUUUGAUUUGGUAGAUUAUCAAAUAACAUCCGCCCCAAACGAGAUGAUUUCACGACAAGAUAAAGCGUCCGGUGGCCGCGGCCUUAUCGUAUCAAUAUUAGCGCUACUGUCGUGUAGUAAGUAGUAGAUUGAAGUCUUCAGUAUAUAUUUUACAGAUGAUAUCAUGUUUGUGUUUCUUCAUUACCAACAAUCUUCCUGAACACGUACCCAAAUCUCAAUCAUUCUAUUCAUACCCGUUUUUAUCGAUAAGAUGUUCUUUGCCUUUGGCUUAAUAUCCUUUGUAAUGAGUAAU